AGCUGUGGGGCGGGGAAAGAGGCCUUUUUGCGGCAGGACGUAAGUGACGGCGUGGGCGGUGCGACUGCAGCUGGAGGGCAGAGGAGGCGGCGCGCGCGUCUUGUCCUCGCCAUGAGGCCGCAGCAGGCGCCGGUGUCCGGGAAGGUAUUUAUUCAGCGAGACUACAGCAGUGGCACACGGUGCCAGUUCCAGACCAAGUUCCCCGCGGAGCUGGAGAACCGGAUUGAUAGACAGCAGUUUGAAGAAACAGUUCGAACUCUAAAUAACCUUUAUGCAGAAGCAGAGAAGCUUGGGGGCCAAUCCUAUCUUGAAGGCUGUUUGGCUUGUUUAACAGCAUACACCAUCUUCUUAUGCAUGGAAACUCAUUAUGAGAAGGUUCUGAAGAAAGUGUCCAAAUACAUUCAAGAGCAGAAUGAGAAGAUAUAUGCUCCCCAAGGCCUCCUCCUGACAGAUCCCAUUGAGAGAGGACUUCGAGUUAUUGAAAUCACCAUUUAUGAAGACAGAGGCAUGAGCAGUGGAAGAUAAACCAUAGAAUUAAAGAUCCCACCUCCAGCUGGGACCCUCAUCUAUCCACUGGCCAAUUGCAGAGUGUCCCCUACCUCCUCUCCAGAGCAUCAUUCCUUUGUAUCUGCUGCCAGAGCCACGGUGCCAUUUACUCCAAGGACUAACUUUCUAAAAUUCCACACCUGGAGUGACCUCUAGUCGCUCAGCAUCCACUUUGUGUCUCCAAAUUGUGUAGGACUCUGUAAUCUUUUGAUUAGUUUCUGAGAAAACACAAUGAUGCAUUUCACUUCUUUUAUUCAGAGCCAUUAAUAAAAUAGGCCGUUGGUUAGCCCAACACAAAGUUUCUUUCUUAUCUGCCACCAGUACCAGUGGUUCUCUUCAUUCCUUGGGCCAGCUUCCCAGGUGGCUCUCGACUUCCAAGUCAUAUCUCAGCCAGUAUUCAGUCUUAUCUCCCCGAAAUUCAUAAAAUGCUAUUCUCCAGGAUUUUGGUGAAAGGUAGGCUGUGUCUGUGGUUUUGCUAAUGCAUCUCCCAGAUUUCGAAGAACUACCAGUUUUGCCAUGACUAAAAUCUUAAAGAUCUGUUUCUGUUCAGUUUCUCAAACUGAAACUCAUUGGAAAAAUAAUGUAUAAUGUUAUUUGUUUUAUGAUAGCAAUUAUUCCUAAUUAAAGCAGUAUUUAAUGCAAUUUCCAGUUAUUUUUCUUUGGAGAAUUUUGUUAUUAUUGCAUUACCUUGAAUGUUGGGAAGAUGUAGUAUGUGUUGCGUGUUCAUUACAAAAAUAAGUAAGCACAAUAAAGUGGAUGCUAAACCAUCAAA